UAAAAGUUUAUUUAUGUUUUGAUAAUGAUUCACGAUGGAUAAAGUGCUUCUUAUUUUAGUUAUUUUCGCGACAUUUUUCCUUAGUUUAGCUUUAGCCGAAGAUCAACAACAAUGCGUGAAACAAGACGCCUGCCAUUGUCAAAUAAAUGAAUUUUCGAGAAUUGAUAUCUCAAAAUUAACUGAUACCCAUUUAGAAGAUACACUUCUUUCUGCUAGAUUAACGUAUUAUUUUUUUGGAUGCAGUGAUACUAAAAAGGAUGGUUCAUUUUUCGGAUUAAAUAGUACAAACAUUUCUUAUAUUGGAUCGUUAUUUCUUUUCAACCAAACAAAUAAAAAUGUGACAGUUCUGGGCACUACUAAAAAUAUGCAAUUUGAGUUUAUCAAGGAUAAUAAUAAUUAUGAAUUGGUUUAUAAAGUUAAGGAUAAUAUAACUGCAUAUUUAACCCUUACUUGUGACCACACAAAUCCAAGCUAUAUAAAAAUUAUCGAUCAAAAUUCCAAUAGAUUAGUGUUGUCAUCUCCUCAUGCUUGUAUACUUAAAGAGCCGCACACCACCAGUACAGGGUCGGUUUUAGUAAUUAUAUUUGUUGUGGGUUGUAUGGUUUAUUUCAUUGGGGGAGCAUUGAUGUUAUAUUUCCUAAGGGGGGCUCGAGGUAUCGAAUUGGUGCCAAAUAUCGAGUUUUGGAGGGAACUACCUGGAUUAAUAAGGGAUGGUACAAUUUUUCUAUUCAGUGGUUGCAGACCUACUUAUGUAUCAACUGCCGAAACAUAUGAUAGAAUUUAAGAAAUUUUUGUAUGAAAAUCUCCAUUAUUUUGACUGAGAAUGUUUGUUGUAAUAUAUUAUGGAAAAUUUUGAUUAAUUUAAUUCACUCAUUGUUGUAGAUUUGGUAAUUUAGAAAUCAAUAUUAAAUGUUUUAUUAUAA